UCAGCCUUAACGUUUAAUUUUUGGGCGGGAAAAAGCCGAUUUCAUUGCCUCUCUCUCUCUCUCUGGCUGUGAAUGUAUGAUAAAUGAUAAAUCUGUGGAAUCAUAGACCAAAUUUCUCACUUAGCAUUCUAAAAGGAUGUCGAAGUUCGAGUACCCGAUCAUGUCGCGCGGUGAGAUAGUGGCAAUCUUGGCGGAGUCCCAGAUCGCCAACAUAUCCGAGCACGAUCUCUUUAACCCCAACCCGGAUUUAAUCUCCGAGCUCUACACCCGUCUCCUCUUCCACAUCGACGCUCUCCAUGAGGAAGAUCAUGGGCAACUGGAGUUUGCAGCGCUUGAGCAGCUUGAGAACCCGGACUUCCAUGUUGAAUCUGCUCGGAUUAUGAAGCUGUACAACAGGAUAAAGGAGGUGCUAGCCUCAACAGAUUGCCCUAAGAGAUUUACCCUCAAAGACCUGAUAAGACCGGAUACCGAAAGGACUGAAUUUUUCCUCAGUGCAAUUCUCAAUUUUGGUCUUCACAGACGGGCAAAACUGGAUUUUUUACGUCCAAUUGUGGAUGAAGUGAACCUUCUGGAGGAGCAGCAAAGAGAGUGGGAGGCUAAGAUAUCUCAGUUGAAUGCAGAGAUUGAGGACUACAAUGAAGCAAGAGAGAGGGAGUUGCCCCUUGUUCAGGAGGUAGAUGCAAAAGUUAAAGAAUUGCGUCAAACCAUUGCAGGACUUAACAAUCACCAGAUGUCAUUGAGAGCUUCUUUUCGCAAGCUGAAGGAGAAGACUGGAGAAAUGGAUGAGAAGAUUUCCAAUGCUGAGUUUGUUCUAGUGCAAAGUGUUCAAGAAAAUGCAAACUUACGUUCGAAAAUUGUACAAUCUCCAGAAAAGUUGCAGAGGGCUUUAGAGGAGAAGAAAUCAGCUCGGGAGGUGGCAAAGAACGCUGAAAAAAUAGCAAUACAAUCUUAUCAGGAUAAGAAUGCCAUUGUUGAGCUUUAUACAAAGGUGUUCAAGAAAAUGUUCAAACACUUUACCCAGAUGCAAGCAAUACAAGAACAGGUAAACUCAGCCAAAUCCAUUGAAAAGGACUUUAAGGCUUUAAAGGCUAAACUGAGUGAAGAGGGAAUGCUGGAUAAGUCACUUGAGGCUAAAUUGGUGGAACGACAAGGCAAAGUUGAACAGUUGGAUGAAUUAAGAAAGCAGUUGGAGAAGGAAAGAGAUCUAAAAUGCGAGGAGGCUACCAAAGAGUUCAAUAAUACGAAGUUGGAGGUAGAAUCUAGGAGACGUGAUCUAGAAGCUAGACAAAGGAAUGUUGAAGCUGUGGUUGUUGAGGUGGAUGCUAUAAAUUCAAGGGCUAAUUCAGUGAAAGAAUCUGGAGCAGCUAAAGUGCAGGAGUUAAUUAAAAAAUCUGAGGAGAUUGUGAAAGAGUUUCACCACUACGCAAAAUCCAUUGAGGUCUUGCUGCCAACAAUAGAAGCGGAAUCAAAUUUUGAUUGAGUUGGAUGAUCGAAGGUGAUCUAAGUAUAUUGGAGAAAUGGAUGAGAAUUAGGUGACCAGGUUAUUGAAAGGAAAAUGCUAAAUCAAUCCAUGAUUUUGUCCAUCCAAUCCAAUCUUACUGUUUAUGUAUUUUAAUUUAUUAUUUUACUCAAUAAUUAAAGAAGUGACUAUUAGUAAAUUUGUAUAUAUAUAUUUUUAAUGUUUAAAGAUAUUAAAAAAAUUAAAAACAAAUUAAAACAAAAAA